AGUUUUAGGCGAGUCGACGUGAUUUUGUGAUGUGUAGACGAUGCAAGUUCCUGUAUAUAUCGUACAUAGAUAUACACUCUCAUGGAUUGGUUAUCAAAUCUCUAAAACGAAAAGAAACAAUAAUGGAUUCGCAGCUUUUAGCCAGACAGACAACAAUGUCAAGAUGGUAAAACAUAACUGGUCAUGACCGUCUGAGGAUGAAGAGGUACAAUGAAGAUAUGUAAAUAACAUUUUCAUAAUUUAGUAAUUGCCUAGCUCACAACACAGUAGAUGAAAUGGCGGGAAAGCAGACUUCUUCCUAUAAAGCACACAGAGUCGUGCGUCCCUCCGGUCAGACUACAUGUGUACACCACAAACAGGUUACCUUGGACUGGUUUUGUGAGACCUGUAGAGACCCUAUAUGUGCCAAAUGUAUUUCCACAACUCACAAGGGUCAUAUCUUUGUUCAACUGAGUGAAGUUACUCCACAAAACAAACAGAAGAUCAAAACAUUCAUCAAUGAAACCAAACGAAAGAAAUUUAUUCAAAUACAACAGGAAAUCAAUUCUACCACGGAAAAUCUGAAAAACCAUCUAAGCCAUUUUGAGAUUGUAACAUUAGAGGUGAUGAAACAAGGCGAAAAACUUAAGGAGGAACUGGAGUUUUUGAUCGCUCAAACACUUUCCCGGGUGAAGCAUUUGGAAGAGGAAGGUUCAAAACUUCUCAUCAGAUAUCAGAAAGAGCUCGAGGAAAAGUUUGAAAACAUGAAAAAUCACCUGAACGAGUGUAGGGAAUCUCUACAGAUUGGAACAGAUAUCCAGGUGUUUGACAUUGCUAGAGGCCUCAACACCUAUGUUACAUUACCUGGAGGGCCAAGCCCCGGUAACGCAAACUUUAGCCCAAACAAAAAUCCAGAGCGAACCCUGGAGCAGUCAUUAGGUACGGUGACCUUGGUCUCGCCUGAUCAAUCCCGAGUCGACGCUGACUAUCAAACCUCUUCUGACAAUGACCAGUCGUAUGUACACCUUACUUUGCCUAUAUCGACUUCAAACGAUGUCAUGACCCAGAUCAGCCCACCACCGCAGACAAGUCCACUGCCACAAACCAAGGUUCUUUCGAAAUGGACUGCCCCUUAUGCUAUCGGUUCUACCAGCUGCCCCUCUGGUGGAAGUGGGAUAUGGACACGUGACUGUUAUAGUCGCACUGUGACCUGCUUCACCAUCAAAGGAGACGUAGAGAAUCAGGUUAAAAGUCCUAUCAAGGUCAUAGGCAUUUGUACUUCACCUGUGACCAACAACCUCUGGACAUGCUCCAAAACAUAUAACAGUGUAAUGGAGCUAAUUUCAGGAACAUUUAUACGGAGAUUCAGCACAAAGGACUCGCCAAUGUCCAUAUGUGUUACCAAUGAUAAUCGGAUUUUGGUGGGAACGGCUGGCAAAAUCACGGAGUACAGUAUAGGUGGUACACCUGGUCACACAACAACAAUCACACAGGCCGGGAAACCAUUGGUGUGUACGCCACAGAGUAUCGCACUAUGUCCUGUCAGUGGAAAUGUUGCUGUCGUGGAUCUUGAUAAGUUAACAGCAUAUAGCAAGAGUAAACCCCACCUCACAGUUAUGGAUAAACACCUACAUGAGCUAUACCACUAUGGACGAAAGCGGCAUAGGAGCAGAACUGGCUUACAGUCUUUUGACCCCUGGGAUCUAGCAUACGACAGUCAGGGAUGCCUGGUCGUAAGUGAGUUUCACAACCGCUGUCUUCAUCUCCUGAAUGGUGAUGGACAAUACCUACGACUCCUCCACGUUGACAAAGGUUUCGCUCGGUCUGUUUGUGUAGACAGUGGGGACGUUUUGUGGGCUGUGUUCGGUGAGCUUGGUACAGAAGUCAAACUACUGCAGUACACCAACUAUGAAUAAAUGAACUUAAUACCUUUGUAGCACAUGACACACGCAACAAAAUCAGCCAUGCCGUACUGGUGAUCCUACAUUCACUUUAACGUACAGGUGACACACACGAACAGUCAAGCUUUGCUUCAAAGUGACGCUUAAGAUAACUAUUAACUAAAAAUCAAAGAGAAGGUAUUAAAACUAUUAGGUUUUUUAGAAUGAAGGAUCCGACUAUUUCAUGAAGAUAAGGAUGCAAAAAGAGAGACAACUGAGCUAAAAACAUUAGUUUUGAAGAAUUUAAGCUUUACAUCACUCAAAGAAAUAGCACAUUUCCGAUGAGGGCGACCAAAAAUCUUGCUCUUAGUCUUCAUAAAUUUUUCUCUGGCAUCAUUAAGCAUUUUUGAAGAUCAUUCAGAAAAGUGUUUUUUGAUUCUCAGAAGUUACGUGGGAUUCAUUUCCGACAUUUGUUUUUUGUUUACACAAUUAUAACCAUUACUAUUAUCCAUAUGUUGUAA